UACACGGUGGCCGUGUAUAUAGUCUUGGAUUCUAAACACACGGCCGCAAUGUCAAACGCACGGCUCUAUCGAAGACUUUUAAACGAACUGAGUAUAAUUUACACAAAAGAUGCCCCAGCCUUCCAGUACAUUAAGGACCAGUUCCGUCAGUAUCAAGUGACGAGUGAGAAAUAUUGCCGAGGCCGAAAAGAGAUGCACCACAUGGGUGAGACGUAUCUGACACUGCUACAGAGCCAGAGAAAGUGGGACGAAAUAAAUGACAUGUACAAAGGUCGCGGAGAACAUGAUAUAGAAACAAGUGCUAACCUGGUGGGACUGCGUCUGCCGAAAACAUACGAUCCCAGUAAAUAAACACAGGAUUCUGACGACACGUAUAGGUGAUGACGAGGCUUCCCGAAAACACACAAUACCAGUAAAUAAACACAGGAUUCGGAUGUAUAGAUGAUGACGAAUCAUAACAUUUAAUAUAUAGUUGUUAAUAUAGGUGUACAGAAAAAUGUGUAAAUAAAUAAAAUUCAUUA